AACUAGACCUUCAGAUUCCAUUUUCAGGCUCCUCACUGCCUGAACUCGUCCUAAUUGCUCGUCGCUGCUUGCUGCCUUUUCGCUCUUCCAUCCUCACCUUACUCAGCCACAAGCUCCUCAUUAUUUCCCAACGCUAGCCGGCACGAUCCACCACCGCGGACAACCCUCCACCACCGCCCUCUCUUUCCUUCUCCAGCAGCAGCAGCGCCAGCAGCCAUGGAGUACUACCCCGGCCCCGGGCGCAACCACCUGUUCGUGCCCGGCCCGACGAAUGUCCCCGAGCAGGUGCAGCGCGCCAUGCUGCGCGGCAACGAGGACCACCGGUCUCCCGCGUUCCCGAAGCUCAGCAAGAGCGUCAUCGACGACAGCAAGAAGCUUUUCGGCUCCACCGAGGGCACCUGCUUCAUCUUCCCCGCCACAGGCACGGGCGCGUGGGAGUCUGCGCUGACCAACACGCUCUCCCCGGGCGACCGCAUCAUCUCUUUCCGCCUGGGCCAGUUCUCUCUCCUCUGGAUCGACCAGAUGCAGCGCCUGCGCUUCGACGUGGACGUGGUGGAGUGCGAGUGGGGCGCGGGCGCGGACCUGGACGCGCUGCGGCGCAAGCUGCUGGCGGACCGCGCGGGCACGGUGAAGGCGGUGUGCGUGGUGCACAACGAGACGGCCACGGGCGUCACGAAUGACAUCGGCAAAGUUCGACAAGUGCUCGACGAGUGCAACCACAAGGCCCUGCUCAUGGUUGACGGCGUCAGCUCCAUCGGCGCCAUCCCCUUCUACCAGGACAGGUGGCGCGUGGACGUGGCGCUGACCGGGUCGCAGAAGGCGCUCUCUCUCCCCACGGGUCUCGGCAUUGUGUGCGCGCGCCCGCGCGCCCUCGAGGCCGCCAAGCACAGCAAGUCGACCCGGGUGUUCUUUGACUGGGGUGACUACCUCAAGUUCUACCAGUCGGGCAGCUACUGGCCGUACACGCCGUCCUCCCAGAUGCUCUACGGGCUCCGCGCGUCCCUCGACAUGCUGUUUUCCGAAGGGCUCGACAACGUCUUCGCCCGGCAUGCGCGCCUGGGGGAGGGCACUCGGCGCGCUGUGGCUGCGUGGGGCCUGCAGCUGUGCACCAAGAGCCCUGAGUGGAAGAGCGACACGGUGACGACGAUCAUGGUGCCGGCACAUAUUAACAGCAAUGACAUUGUGCGCACGGCGUGGAAGAAGUACAACCUGUCGCUUGGUCUUGGGCUGAACAAGAUCAACGGCAAGGCGUUCCGCAUUGGCCACCUGGGGCAGAUGAAUGAGGUUGCACUCCUGGGAGCCAUAGCAGGAGUGGAGAUGACGCUCCGUGAUGUGGGAUAUCCAGUGGUGCUUGGCUCUGGAGUUGCUGCUGCUUCUGCCUAUUUCCAGCAGACCACUCCCUUGAUCGCCACACGAGCCAAGUUGUAGAUUCCCAAUGCUUGCCUGAGUGAUGGGAGCUGGGGUCUUCGCCGGAUAUUGCAGUUCUUUGAAAAUGCUGUUUUAUUUUUGUUCCUUUUCUUGCACAUUUAUGUAGCUCGCUUGUGUUCCAUUAUUGAGGAUAGGAUUACCCCUCAUUGUAUCUUUCUUCUCAUGCAUAUUACCACGCUUUGGAUUCACAA